GCCCAACGAAGUAGUUGAGGUUCGAAGUGGUAGUAUAAUGAGAGACAGACACGAAAGGUUAUCCUCUAAAACCACCUGGAGAUACAGGCACUCAUAUAGUGAUUAUUUAUACUCGUUGAUAGGUUGGAUAUAGCCCAAACAUGGCCACUUCAUACAGUUCCAAGCUGAGCAAAGCUGUGAAACAGCAGUACAUGGAGCUCCCUCAGGUAGGCAAGGUUCAGGCCAUGUACAUCUGGAUUGAUGGAACCGGAGAGGGAUUGCGGUGCAAGACUAGGACUCUAGACUCGGAACCCAAGACCAUUGAAGAACUCCCUGAGUGGAACUUUGAUGGCUCUAGCACAUAUCAGUCUGAGGGAUCCAACAGUGACAUGUACCUGAUCCCUCAAGCCAUGUUCAGAGACCCCUUCAGGAAGGACCCCAACAAACUGGUCUUGUGCGAAGUUCUCAAAUACAACCACAAACCUGCGGAAACCAAUCUACGGAAGACAUGUAAAAAGGUCAUGGACAUGGUGCAAAACCAGCAUCCUUGGUUUGGAAUGGAGCAGGAGUACACUAUUCUCGGCACAGAUGGUCAUCCAUUUGGUUGGCCCUCUAAUGGUUUCCCUGGUCCUCAAGGUCCAUACUACUGUGGUGUGGGAGCUGAUAAGGCCUAUGGACGUGAUGUUGUAGAGGCCCAUUACAGAGCUUGUCUGUAUGCUGGUGUAAAAAUCUGCGGUACCAAUGCUGAAGUCAUGCCUGCACAGUGGGAAUUCCAAGUUGGCCCUUGUGAGGGCAUUGAGAUGGGAGACCACUUGUGGAUUUCCCGUUUCCUCUUGCACAGGGUCUGUGAAGACUUCGGUGUUGUGGCCUCUUUCGACCCUAAGCCCAUCCCAGGCAACUGGAAUGGAGCUGGCUGCCACACCAACUUCAGCACCAAGGAGAUGCGUGAGGAAGGUGGUUUGAAACACAUUGAGGAGUCUAUUGAUAGGCUGGCCAAGAGACACCAGUACCAUAUCCGUGCAUAUGAUCCUAAAGGAGGGCUGGACAAUGCCAGACGCUUGACCGGUCAUCACGAGACCUCCAACAUCAAUGAGUUCUCUGCUGGAGUGGCGAACCGUGGUGCUAGCAUUCGAAUCCCACGUUCUGUGGGCCAGGAAAUGAAGGGCUACUUUGAAGACCGCCGUCCUUCAGCCAACUGUGAUCCAUACGCAGUCACAGAAGCUCUUAUACGCACAUGUCUACUCAAUGAAGAGGGUGAAGAGCCUGUGGAAUUAAAGUGAAUAAUUGGACCAAACCAAUCAUCUAUCUUCUCUUGCUCUGCGACGUGAACGUGUCAAUUAUUUUAGUACUGCGUUAUUUUGCUGUUCCCUAGUCUGUCUAAAACAAGGGAUGGAACUAGAUGAAUUGCUCACCAAUUUGUGGGUUGUCCUUAGAAAUGCACAUUGGCCUUUUUUUUUUUUUUUUUUCCUCUCU